AUGAGUAAUGCAAUAGCAACAUUAAUCGAGCUUAUAGUCGGUUCGACCCUGAAAACAGCAGCAGAGAAGAAGAGGAAGAGGAAGAGAAAGAGGAAGAGAAAGAGGAAGAGGAAGAGGAAGAGGAAGAAGAAGAAGAAGAAGAAGAAGAAGAAGAAGAAGAAGAAGAAGAAGAAGAAGAAGAAGAAAGAAGACGAAGACGAAGGCGAUCUGGCCUCGGGCGAUGAUCCCGCCAACAACGCCUCUCCCACUCUCGCAGUGGUCGACAGAAAUAUCGACCUUGCACCUUCCGUUGACAAUCCCGACGAACAAGAUGAUGAUCCUGCUCCGGCAGGUGCAACUUCGGCCGCAAGUGCCACCAUUCGCGCUCGCCCGCGCACUGUCACGGCUCGCAACCGUGAGCAGAUGCUUGACGGUGACGAGGAUGAAGACAAAGACGACCGCCCCAUUCGCCGUUACAAAGGCGAAAGUAGUCCUGCCGCCGAGACUGAGGACGAAGAGGGUUGA